GGCUUCCCCAGUUGGAGUAGCCCUUCCCCCUGGGACAGCGUGUCCCUGAGGGAGCUGCCCCGUGCCCAGCAGCCCGUCUCCGGCCUCCCUCUGGUGCCUGGCCAGGGCGCGGCGCCCCCAGCAGGCAGGGUCAGCCCAUCAGAACCACAGGGCAGUGGCCGGCGGGCCUGGCCAGGAGGACUAGGUGGAACCCUGCUGUGGGAGUUGCCUGCGGCCCGGCGUGGGGCCGGUAAACACACUGGCCCCUCUUGUGAGGGGCUCCCAAGCAGCUGGAGAACGUGUCCGUGCAGGCCCCAGCCUUGUCCCGGCAGAAAAAGCCACAACGCAGCCCGCAGCCUGAGCCUGUCCUCACGCCUGGGGCCUCCCUCGCCAGGGUCAUUGCCACAGCUGCUGGCCGGAGACCCAGGGGCGCGGCAGGCAGGAGGCCCUCAGGGCUGCCCUGGCCAGGGCAGUGGAGAGUAGGGCGGCUGAGCGCCCAGCAGGUCAGAGCCCACCUCUCAUGCUACCCCACACUACGCGGGCGCUCCGGGCCGUGGGGCAGGGGCUCCAGCCACCGUGUCCCUGCAGUGGGUGACCUAAAGGGCCGGCCAGGCACGGUGGGGGCAGCCGCCCGGGAGUUGGCAUCUGGGCGCAGAGGCUGUGGCAAAGUGGCGGAGAAGAAGGAAGCGGGCGCUGAGCCUCGUCUUGCGGGUGACGGAGCAGGAGUCGUGCUGCGCCCCCACGCAGGGCGAGAAGCGGCUGCCGUUCCCGGGUGACCCAAGUGGACGCUGGGAUGUGCGCGUGAUGAUGGACGGCAAGGACCUGGAGGCCGAGAUCCACCCCCUGAGGAAGGAGGACGGGAAGCUGAAGGACAGCCCGGGGCGGGCGCCGGCCCCCGGGGACGAGGCCGCGGGGCACCCGGCCCCCCAGACCCGCCUGUCCCGCUGCCGGGCCGUGGCCUUCUUCCUGUCCCUGUCGCUCUGCCUGCUGGUGGUGUUCGUGGUCUCCUUCGUCAUCCCCUGCCCAGAGCGGCCGGUGUCCCAGGGCUCCUGGCGGGUGGAGCUCAGCUCCGCAGUCGCCUACGACUUUCUGGCCACAGAAGACGUGGACGGGGACAAGAUCCAGGACGUUCUCUUCCUCUACAAGAAGAACAGCGGCGGCAGCAAUGGCAGCCGCUCCUGCGCUGACGAAGGCUUUUCCUCUCCCUGCACCUUCAUGGCCGCCGUGUCGGGGGCCAGCGGCAGCGUGCUCUGGGAGAGGCCGGCCGCCCAGGAUGCAGCGCUGGCCCAGUGCGUGGUGGCCCAGCCAAAGGGGCGCACGCCGGCCUCCGCCUGCGUCCUUGUGGGCCAACCCGGCACCCUCCUGGCGGUGGACGCCCUCACAGGGGAGACCCUGUGGCGCAGGGCCGGCGGCCCAGGAGGGAACGCAUCUGUGCUGAGCACUCUGCUCGCCGUGCCCGACCUGGAUGCCGACGGGGCCCCGGACCUGCUGGUGCUCACCCAGGAGGGGCAGGAGGUGCAAGGCAGCCUCUAUUCCGGCGGCUCCGGGCUCCAGCUCGGCCACUGCGGCAGCCUUGGCCCUGCCGGGGCCAGCAGCCCUCUCCUCUACAAGACCAGGGCAGGUGCCCACUACGUCCUGCUGCCCUGCGCGAGCUCGCUGUGCGGCUACCCCGUGAAGGGCCUCUACGAGACCGCGGCCGGACGGGAAAGCCCCCUGCAGAAGGACCCCGCCUGGGAGCACAAGCUGGACCCCACCACCCAUAGGCUGCCUUGGCGCAGCCCUGGGGCCAUUCGCUACCUGAUGCUGGUCCCAGGGAGGGCCGGGCAGGACCUGCUCCUUGUGAGCGCCGAGGCCUGCGUGCUGCUGGACGGGCAGGAGCUGUCACCCAGGUGGACCCUUGACGCAGCCCAGGUCUUCAGAAAGCCCACCCUUGGCCACUACAAACCGGACACCCUGGCUCUGGCUGUUGAAAACGGAACCGGCAGUGACAGACAGAUCCUGCUCCUGGACGCCGGCACUGGGUCCAUCCUGUGGCGCCAGGCCCUCCUCAGCCUCCCGGGGGACCCCCCACCCGCCAGCCUGCCCACUGCAGACCGCCGCUCCGCCUUCUUCUUCUGGGGCCGCCACGAGCCAGCCGGUGCCAGCCAGGUGGACCCUGGGGGCCCCCAGCACAGCCUGUACCUGUUCCACCCCACGCUGCCCAGCGUCCUGCUGGAGCUGGCCAAUGUCUCCGCCCACAUCACCGCCUUCCACGUGGCCCUGUUGGAGCCCAGCCGCCACGCUGCCUGUGUCAUCCUGACGGGCCCAGCCGGCCUGGACACGCCUGGCCUGGUCUCCGUGACCAAGCACAAGGUGCGGGACCUCAUCGCGGGCGGCAGGGUGACCCGCCUGGUGGAGGGCGGGCAUGACAGCGACCAGGCCGUCAGAGACCGCUUCUCCCGCCUGCGCUACCGGGGCGAGGCCUGAGCUGGCGGGCAGCACUAGGCCAGCACCAGCCGCCAGCGACCAUCAGGGCCUCCACGCCAGCAUGGGACGGGCCGCCUCCCGCCCUGCCCCGCCUCCCGCCCCCCCAGGCUCUCCUGGCCCCAUGUCCAGCCCGCCCAAGGCCCCUCCCUCUUCUGUCCAAGCCGACCCCACACGUCCGGUGCCCUAGAGCUCUGAGGGGGCCCCGGGGCGUCGUGGGCAGUGGGACUGGGCCCUGCCGGGGCUGCAGGCAGGACUUGUGCGCCGGGCCCCUCUGGGAGCCCCACUUGGGGGGGCUGCGUGGAGCGACCCUCCCGGCCUGCGCCAGCCCGGCCUCUGCUCCCUGGUGCUCGGUGCCGCCACACGCAGAACUCACCCCCGUGCCUUGCUGGUCCGCGCCCUCAGGACAGAGCAGCCUGCAGGCCCCGCGAGAGCCACAGUAAAGGUGUCUGCACUGAGAAAGCGCGAGA